AUGGCACUGGGUGAUAAUUUGCCCACUGUGGCUGCGUGCUCCCUCGUGGAGGCAUAUCUGCUGCAACGAGUAGUCUAUGAAGAGACUGCAUACCACACAGUUCUGCUGUAUACAUUUAUCGUCACUCUUUUGGCACAGGGAUUCUUCAGUAUCAUCAUUUAUCCGCUUCUGCUGAGCCCGAUCCGCCAUCUACCCAAAGUCCCGGGAUCUGCAAGCCACUCACAACUGAUCUUUGACACUCCUCGCGGAAGUACACCGUUGAUAUGGAUGAAGACGAUUCCCAACGAGGGACUUAUUCAUAUGCGCGACAAUUUGAAUACCAGCUAUCUUCUGCCCACAAAUCACCAAGCGCUGCUUGACGUCAUGAGUACAAACACCUAUGAUUUCGAGAAGCCCUGGCGCAUGCGCAACUUCCUCGCUCGUAUCAUCGGGUUCGGCAUGAUUACCUCGGAAGGUGCGCAUCACAAGAGACAGCGCAAGGCAUUGACCCCGGGGUUCAACAUUAAGAACAUUCGCUCCAUGUAUUCGUUGAUGUGGGAAAAGACCGGGCUUUUGCUGGAUGAGCUGGAAAAAGAAGGCCAAGCGAACCCAAUGGAAGGAACCAAGCCCGAAGAAGGUGUCGGCAAAAUUGAAAUGGGAGAAUGGGCCAGUCGCCUUACACUCGAUAUCAUUGGGCCUGCAUCAAUGGGACGCGACUUCAACUCUAUCCAGAACAAGAGAAACAAGGUCGCCGAGAGCUUUGCCAGCAUCCUGGAACCAACCAAGGAGAAAAUGGCAUUCCUGGUGAUGAACUUCACUCUUCCCCAGUGGAUGGCGAAGCGUGUCCCCUGGCGCAUGAACAACAUUCUGGAAACAGAGACCGCGUAUCUGCGUAAAACCUGCAAUGAAAUCGUGCAAGAGAAGCGAAUUCAACUAGCGCAGUCUAAGGUUUCCGCUCAAGAUCUUGAAGCCGAUAUUCUCGGCUCGAUGUUGCUGGGAGGCGACUUCACCGAUACAGAAAUGGUCGACCAGAUGUUGACAUUCCUGGCAGCUGGCCACGAAACAACUGCCAGUGCCCUGACCUGGGCCUGCUACCUCCUCCACCAGAACCCAGACUACCAAACACGACUGCGGGAGGAGAUCCGCUCCAAGAUUCCAAGCGGAAACUCCCCAAUCACACACCAGGACUUAGAGUCCCUCCCCCUCCUCAACGGAGUCUGCCAAGAAGUCCUCCGUCUCUACCCGCCCGUCCCAACCACGAUCCGCGAAGCCGUUCGCGGCACCACAGUGGCAGGCAAAUACAUUCCCAAGGGCACACGCGUGGUCCUAUGCCCAUGGGCUAUCAACCGCAGUCCACUCUUCUGGGGAGAUAAUGGAGACGAUUUCUACCCUGAGCGGUGGAUCGACACAGACAAGAAUGGCAAAGAAAUCCCAAAUAACAACGGUGGUGCAUCGACCAACUUCGCACAGAUUACUUUUUUGCACGGACAGCGCUCGUGUAUUGGUAAGGACUUUGCCAGGGCGGAGUUCCGGUGUGCGGUUGCGGGUGUUGUGGGCAGGUUUGCUUUUGAGAUGCAGGAUCCUAAUCAGGAGAUUCAUGCUUCGGGGUCGGUUACUAUUAAGCCUGUUGAGGGUAUGCACCUUGCUAUUAGGAGGGUUGAGGGGUGGUAG